AUGCUCUGGAGCUCGUCGAGCGAAGCGCCGUGGGCCGCGCUCUGGCCGCGCUACGACGCUAUCGUGCAGUCGAUACCGAAUAGGGAGCUGGUGGAUCUGGAUGAGUGGUACCUGACCUCUUUUCCAUCAAUUGUGCGGACACGAGAGCCUUUGCCAUACGUGACAGCGCAAGAGCUUCAACGGGUGAUGAAGUGGAAGCUCACGAAGGGCAAAUGGCGACCGCAGCUGCUCAAGUUUGUAUCGGGACUGAGCAACCACGAGGUGGUGGAGGCCUCACGUGAUGCCUUCCGUCAACUGAAGAGCGGGGAUCUACGUGCUGCGACAGAAGCGCUGUGCGUGCUCAAAGGCGUUGGACCAGCUACGGCGUCGGCGGUCCUCGCAGCGUACGAUGGGAGCGUGCCAUUUAUGGCGGAUGAAGCAUUGGAAGCGAUUGCCGGAAUAAUCGGUCCCCGCAAGUAUACGCUACCGCACUUUCUUCGGUUCGCCGAAGAGCUUCGCGCGAAGGCGAAAUGGCUGAACGAGGAUAAAGCUGCAACAAAAGACGAGAAUGAGGUGAAAGCUGAUACAGUUUGGACAUCACAGCGUGUUCAAUUGUGUCUAUAUGCUGAAGCACGUGACAGUGACGCACCUGCCUCGCCUUUGUGUGCCAAGGCCAAAAAGGCUGCGUUGUCCGUUACGAAGCGGAAGCGAAACGAUGCGGUUAUAAAGCCGCUCUCUACGGAUGUGAAAAAGGCGAUGGUGCAGAGAGAAGACGCAACAGACCCAGAACGACUUUUGCGGAGGUCGCAGAGAAAGCGACAACGAUCAUUGGAUUGA